CCGACGUCACACGGAAAGAAGGCGGUACCGCUUUUGAACAACAGAGGAGAUGGAACGGCACUUGGAUCCCCUUUGUUACCAUCGUCAUACCAUCACCACCCUCUCGAGAGAUCUUCACUGUCUGCGGUAAGCUGAAAGGCCCACAACGCUAUCACUGCUAAUUCAGUGGAGAGCAGCACAGCCUGCGCGCCGCCUCCCCGCCCGCGAUGGACCCUACGCCAUCCACCUCGCAGCUCGAGGCGCGUCCAGCUGCUGCUCCUGCUGCUGGUCCCAUUGCUGCGCCACCGCUGGCCCAACCUCACGACUCUAAUAUGAGUGCAACGAUGCGCCAUGCUGAGCCCGUGAAUCCUUCAGGCCCAUCGCUUUCGUCGAGCGGAGGAGGGACCGAUCUUGCAGCCUCCUCUUCAAAUACUUCUGCAGGACGACGGGGAGAACCGUCGACCUCUUCCUCGCCUACCCAGCCCUUGCGUCGUCUCUCCUCUUCCCCUACUACCUCAGGCAAAAGACGGUCACCCAAGCGGCUCAGCGCUACAGAGCCCAGUGAAGAUCGGUCCACCCCAGCCUGCCUUCGUUCCAUCGAGUCCUGCACAGACGCCAUCACCUCUUGGACGGAGGACUUUCAGCGCAAAGAGCAGGAGAGAAUCGAAGCGCGCAGGGCCAAAGAGGAUGAAGAUGGAGAUAAGCCUGAUCCCGCGUGGAAGAGGAAAGGGAUGAUACCCCUCGUGGCGAUUAUACUUGGUUGGGUGUACGUUGUCUAUGUCUGGCGCAUAUGCGUACCGGCAAUCCAGCAACCUCCACCCCCUUCCUCCCUGACUCACCCCCGCCCCCUCGCAAGCAGAAGCACAGGCAUUGCGCUCAUAGUGGUAUUCCAUGUUGUCUACCUACUUACCAUCUGGUCAUACAUCAAGGUCGUCCUCACGGGUCCUGGACUAGUCAGAGAUCACGUAGAGAAGGAAGAACAGCCCAAGCCCCCGGGUCUGGAGAGUAGAUCACGGGAGCAGCAGCAGCGGAGGGAGACGCAGCAACAGUGGCGGGAGCAGGGACUUGGGGGUCCUUACCUUGGCGAGGAGAAGAAAGAGGCGCCUGCGGGAGAGCAAGGACCCACUUCUGAUGAGAAUGCUUCCACAAUUGCACUGCGAGGCGAUCAAGAUGGGUAUCAUGGCUCUCGAGGAGAGGGCCCGGGAGACGAGCAUCUUGAAGACCCUACUCUACCCGCAAUUCUCGGACCCAUUGGAGCCGGCUUCGCAGCCGCCGCUGGGGAGGACGAACGAGCCCUGAGCGAAGCCGAACAGACCAGGACACGAGCUCCGGCAGUACAACGGCCACCACCCGAAUCGGCGCCUUUGCCACCCAUUGCCCCAACACAGUACCCACGUAGCUACCCUCAGCACCCCUUCUCCGACCCGGAGGAGCAGCCUCCGACACGACAGCCGCCUUUCCCAGAUUAUGCCCCGCUGAGAAGGAGCAACAGAUACUGCCAUCGAUGCUCUCACGUCAAGCCUUACAGGGCGCAUCACUGCAGACAUUGUGGGACGUGCAUUGAGAAGAUGGAUCAUCAUUGUCCUUGGGUUGGGGGGUGUGUGGGUGGUGGAAAUCACAAGUUCUACCUCAACUUCGUCCUUUGGGUUACGGUACUGGAGUUCUUUGUCCUGAUCUCAGCUGGCGUCCUUUUCAACAGAGGCGUUGACAAAUCGAUCGAGGGUUGGACCGUGGAUGGUUUCAUCAUCAGUCUGUUCCCGAUCUGUGUCGUCUUCAUCCUCUUCACCUUCUCCCUCCUCGUGACCCAUACCUGGCUCAUCAUGACAAACCAAACGACUCUCGACCAUCUUAACUUCACUCGAGUAGCCAGACGAGAGGAAAUCGCCCUUGCUUCCUGGUUCUCCCGCAAAGGAGGCUGGGUCAAGCAGCAAGAUCGAAUUCGUGAGCAAGAACGAGCUGCAGUGGCGGGAGAUCUGGAGAGUCAAGGAGUUGGAGAGAAGGGAUCCUCCAGUGCUGGUGGUCGUGCUGGAGCGAAGAGAACAGAAGGCUUCAGAAUGAUCAAGGAGCAACGCCAGACAAAGAAGGCCUGGGAUCGAGAGUGGGGCAGAUUGCGCUAUGAGAUCAAUCUCUGGAAAGUCGAGAGGGCUCUCCCCGCUUCCACUUCCACUCCAGCUUCAGUCGACGACUCCUCUAGCCUCGUACGCUACCGCAAGCUCAGUGGACUGCAGUCCCUGCACGCCAACUGGACACAAACGAUGGGCUUCAAUCCGCUCGGUUGGCUGCUGCCCAUUGGUCGACCUGGGCUUGAUCCUUCACGGAAGAGCAAGGAUGGAGGUUGGGAGACGUACCCGGUCAAUCCUCGCUUUGGACACGAGGGACAGUGGAGGAGAAGGAACGAAUGGCCGGAGGAAAUGAGAUGAGAGCAGAGCAGACAAGAGAGGGAAGUGGAAGUGCAGCGGUGUAUAGCUAUGCAAGUCCUGUACGAAUAGACUGUGGUCGAGAUACCCGGCUCUCUUUUUGAGUAUCACACUUCAUAUUGUCAUACAAGGUCAUCGUCGUCGUUCAGCAAAUCUUUUCGGCAGUGUGUUCAGCAGAUAGUAU